AUGGAAGCUAAAAAGAUUCAAAAAGAGAAAGGAGAUAGUGGUCCUUUACAACCUCAACAUAUUCAUGAAUCCAUUAGGAAAAUUUCAAAGCAAAAUCCAAAUAUGAAAGUGUUAAAAACACCACCUUGGAAUAAAAGAAUUUAA